AUGGCGACAGACGCGGUUAAUCUCCUAGACUCGAUCGAGCCAGGCCAGUUUGCGAACGAUUCCGACCGCUUCGCUGCCAAAGAGGCUGCCCGUCGCCUCCUAGCCCGACUGGAAACCCCCUUUGAGCAGGUUUGGGCACUCACAUUCGAGGCGUCUGGCAUCAUUGCUGGCCUGCAGCUCGUUCAGGAUCUCGGCAUUUGGGCAAAAUGGGCAGAGGCCGACGCGGAAAGCCCCGGUACUUCUCGAACCCUUGAUGAACUCCAGAGCUGGGGUAGUUCAAAGUGUGAAACCAACUUGUUGCGACGCUUUCUCAAGCAGAUCGCAAGCUUGCACUAUCUCGAGGAAGUUGGUCUCGACACAUGGAAGGCAACACCCUUCUCCUUGGCUCUAGGCCACCGCGAGUCCUAUGGUGCCGAUGUCCUUAAGGCCGGGCUGGAUCAUGCUUGGCCUUGUGCCAUCAACCUUGCCCAAUUUUUGGCCAAGUUUGGCUACAAAGAGCCUCUCGACAUUCCUUCGUUCGAUAACUACCGUGAGGUGUACGGUCACGAUUUUUUCAGCUACGUCCAGCAGCAUCCCGAAGCAGGCGGCUCGUUUCAGGGCCUCAUGACUGCCGUUACUCACUAUAAGAUGAUCUGGACCAAUGUUUAUGACACAACUGAGCUCGUGGCGGGCGCAGAUCUCAGCAAACCUCUAUUCGUCGAUGUUGGCGGCGCUCAGGGUCUUGACGCCCAGCGCCUCUUGGAUAAACACCCCGAGCUUCCCACCGACGUAAUCAUCGUCGAAGAUUUGCCCGACGUGGUCACCACGCACAGCAAGGAGAAGAUCGACCCACGCAUCCGCAAGAUUGCGCACGACUUCUUCCAGCCACAGCCCAUCGUGGGAGCCCGGGCAUAUUUUUUCCACGCCGUGCCGCACGAUUGGCCCGAUGCCGAUGUCGAGCGCAUGUUUGCUGAGAUCAAGAAGGUCAUGACCCCCGGCUACUCGAAGCUCAUAGUGUAUGAAGUUGUCAUGCCGGCCCAGGGCGCCUCUGCUCUUGCGACAACGCUCGAUCUUGCUCUCAUGAGCUGCACGAGUGGCAUCGAGCGCACCGAAGAGGCGUGGAAAAAGCUUUUGAAGACCUGCGGCUUCAAGAUUACUGGUGUCUUUCGCCACCCUCGGGCUUUAGAAACUGUCAUGGAGGCUGAAAUUGAAUAA